CGCGCUCGCGCACGGACAUCUGGAGAAGCCGGCGCGCAUCGAGUACGCGCACCUCUCCUCCUUUCCAAACCCGCCAGGUGUAUUGAUGUCUGUCUCCCCGUAUCGGGACUGCCGAUGCCGCGGCAGAAAGGACAGGUGCGUGGGACACAAGUUGCCGAGUGGCGGCGUUAAUCGGGAUGGGGGGAGACGAGGAAUAAUGAAUGUAGACGGUGUAGCGGUAAGGAAUUGUAUCGGAGCCGAUGCUCAUACUAAAGAAUAAUCCACCUUUUUUCAUGCAAUGAAAUGCAAAAUGUGAACAGAUGAACUGAAUCGAUUGGACUUUUUGGUCCGUCUCAUGCAGAUCGACGACUUUAGAUUUUUUUUAUUUUUGUAUUUUUUUGUACAUCUCUAUUUCGUUCAUUAUUGCUCUUCUAUUUGAUCGUAGCAAGUUGCAAGAAAAAUAAAGAUAUAGCCUACUAGCCAGUAGUAGUUUCGAAAGUGAAGACCGACGGAAUUUAAGUUUUUACUAUGUUUUUCUAAAUAUACUUAAAGAAAGAUGCAACCAUCUCGGAAUAGCAUUGUGUUUCAAAUGUAUUUACGUACCACUGACGUGUUUACGUUCCUUGUCAGUUAAUAUGACUUUUGCAUGAAGAUCUCAAUCAUCCAAUACGUAUUUAUAAGGAUAUUUUCAAAUCAUGUGCAUGAGCACAAAUGGGUAUACUGCCUUGUCUGAGAAUGAACGUCAGUCGGAAAAUUCUGUGUAUUUUUUCGGUCUGUGGUCUUUUUAACUAAGGAGAGAAACUGCAGCCGGGAUUCAAUAAUAUUUUCAAUCAUCUUGGGACAAGGGAUUUACCAUGUCAAAAACGCUGAAGAAGAAGAAACACUGGUCGAUUAAAGUGCAGGAGUGUGCCGUGUCAUGGGGGACCGGCGGCGAGUUCGGCUCCGUAGUGGAGCUACGCGGGGGUGCCGAGCAGGGGGAGUUCCCCCACCUGGGCCAGGUUAAGUCUGAUGCGCUGGUCUGUCACUUCGGGAGGAUCCCCAUUGCGGGAGAUGUGCUGCUAGAGGUGAACUGCACCCCCGUCAGCGGGCUGACACACCGCGACACCCUGGCCGUCAUCCGCCACUUUCGGCAGCCGGUUCGGCUGAAGACCGUCAAACCAGGGAAGGUGCUGAACACGGACUUGCGCCAUUACCUCAGCCUUCAGUUCCAGAAGGGCUCUCUGGACCACAAGCUGCAGCAGACUAUCCGGGACAACCUGUACCUGCGCACAAUCCCCUGUACCACAAGACAGCCAAGAGAUGGGGAAGUGCCUGGAGUAGACUACAACUUCAUCAGUGUAGGAGAGUUCCACGUCCUAGAGGAUAGCGGACUUCUUCUAGAGAGUGGCACCUAUGAUGGCAAUUACUACGGCACCCCAAAGCCCCCAGCUGAAGCAGGCUCUACACAGCCCGACUUAGUGGAUCAGGUUCUGUUUGAAGAGGACUUCGGUGGCGACGUUCAAAGGAAACGCACCACCUCUGUCAGCAAGAUGGAGCGCAAGGACAGCACCGCCCCAGAGGAGGAGGACGAGGAUGAGCGGCCAUCCAUGCUAAACGGCCUUGCAGAUCACCAAGAAGGAGCUGACUGGAGGAAGAGGGUGCCCGAUUACAGCCAACCCAGCAGCAGGACAGACCUCCGCUCUUGGAACUCCCUGUCCAGAGACGACAGCUUGGAACCUCUCCCCAAAAACUGGGAGAUGGCCUACACAGAUACGGGCAUGGUUUACUUCAUCGACCACAACACCAAGACCACCACCUGGCUGGACCCCCGACUGGCCAAGAAGGCCAAGCCCCCCGAGAAGUGUGAGGAUGGAGAGCUUCCAUAUGGUUGGGAGGAAAUUGACGAUCCACAGUAUGGAACCUACUAUGUAGAUAAUGCUCUUACUGAGCCAACCCUUCUACAGUGGAAAAUAGAAGUGAGCUGGAACAGUGCAGUAACUAGUGUCUCUUCAUGCCACAUUAACCAGAAAACCCAGUUUGAGAACCCAGUCCUGGAGGCCAAGAAGAAAUUGAGACAAGAAGCCUGCGCUGCUUCCCCCCACCAGCAGGGUGCGCCACUGCCAGCAGAAGAUGGCAGCUCGAGUAUCUUCACGCUGGACCCCUCCCAGCUGCAGGGGGUGAUCAUCCGCACGACCCUCAGAAAGAGCGCCCAGGGCUUUGGCUUUACCAUCAUCGGUGGCGACCGGCCCCACGAGUUCCUACAGGUCAAGAACGUCCUGAGCGACGGGCCGGCUGCCCAUGACAACACCAUCGCCUCCGGCGACGUCAUCGUGGACAUCAACGGCACGUGCGUCUUGGGGAAGACCCAUGCCGAGGUGGUGCAGAUGUUCCAGUCCAUCCCUGUCAAUCAGUAUGUGGACAUGGUGCUGUGCCGGGGAUACCCGCUGCCAGAAGACGCAGAUGCCGACGAUGACGCAGAAGUGAGUGCCGAGGUGGUGACGGCCGUGCCGCUCAUCAACGGGCAGCCGCUGCUCGUGAAGGCCGACGCCCUGAGAGCCUCUUCCCAGGAGCUCCACUACCUCACCACUGACUCCAGUGGUAGACCCCUGGUGGCUGCCCUGCCUGCUGCCCCGGAAAGGCCCAACCAGUCCCUUCUGCAGCCCGAGCUGGUGAACGUUCUCCUGGUGAAGGGUCCUGGAGGUUUCGGCUUUGCCAUCGCUGAUUGCCCACUGGGCCAAAAAGUCAAGAUGAUACUGGACGCUCAGUGGUGCCGUGGCCUGAUGAAGGGUGACGUCAUCAAGGAGAUCAACCGGCAGAACGUGCAGACGCUCAGCCACGCCCAGGUGGUGGACAUCUUGAAGGACCUGCCGGUGGGCAGUGAGGUCAACGUCCUGGUGCUGAGGGGAGGCCAAACGUCUCCAGUGAAAUCCCUGAAACCGAAGCAGGACAUGAUGUCCAGUGCCGAAGCUCUAGACCCUGUCCCAGAAGCCCCCCCGCAGCCCCCACCGAGCUGCAUGAGACCUAGCUCCCCCAGGCUGGACUCCACCGAGCUCUACGCAACGUCCAAAGCUGCGGUGGAUAGUACGGGCCCAGUGAUGAAAGAAUUGGACAUCUUCAUCAAGAGGAACCAGGAGUCUGGAUUCGGGUUCCGAGUUCUGGGUGGAGAAAGUCCCAAACAGCCGGUCUACAUCGGCGCCAUCGUGCCCCUAGGGGCGGCCGAGAAGGAAGGUCAUCUCCGGGCAGGAGACGAGCUCAUAGCUAUCGACAGCGUUGUGGUCAAGGGUAGGCCACACAAGCAGGUGCUGGAUCUGAUGACCAAUGCCGCCCGCAACGGCCAGGUCCUGCUGACCGUCCGCAGGACUAUUAUCUACAGGGACGGUGGGGAUGCAGACGGGGGCCAGCAGCUGGCGACCCCCCCCCUGCUGAACGGCUCCCCCAGGCUGCCCCGUGCAGAAGCGCUAGGCCAGGCCGAGCCCCACCCUUAUGACAUCCUCCUGCAGCGCAAGGAGAGCGAGGGCUUUGGGUUCGUCAUCCUCACAUCCAAGAGCAAGCCGCCCCCUGGAGUGAUACCACACAAGAUCGGCCGCAUCAUCGAGGGCAGCCCCACUGACCGCUGCGGCCGGCUCAAGGUGGGAGAUCGCAUCCUGGCCGUUAACAGCCAGUCCAUCGUGCAGCUGUCACACAACGACAUUGUGCAACUCAUCAAGGACGCUGGCAAUUCUGUCACCCUGUCAGUGGUCCCGGCAGAUGAAUACACUGGGCCUCCAUCUGCUGCCAGUUCAGCCAAGAACAGUCCAGCCUUGCAGCACCGAGCCGUGGGCCAGCAGCCAGCCACCCGAGAUGACCGAUGCAACCUGGAAAUGGAGGAGAAGUGGGAGGGCUCUUCCCGGGCGAGUUACAGGACGCGGGGGGCAAAUGAGCAGAGCAGCGUGUGCAUGGCGGGGCCCCGGCAGGGCUGCUUCACGGUGGAGCUGGACCGUGGUCCUCGAGGGUUUGGCUUCAGCCUGCGGGGGGGGAAGGAGUACAACAUGGGCCUGUACAUCCUUCGGCUGGCAGAGGACAGCCCUGCCCAGCUGGACGGGAGGAUACAUGUGGGGGAUCAGAUAGUGGAGAUUAACGGGGAGCCAACCCAGGGAAUCACACACACCAGAGCCAUCGAGCUCAUCCAGGCCGGGGGCAGCAAGGUGUUACUGCUGCUCAAACCCGGGCCUGGGCUGGCACCGGACCACGGCAUUCAGAGAGACGCUCUGGGCCCAGUAUCUCCAUCUGUCAGCUCUGCAGAAUCACUCUCCCUGCCUCUGGAGUGGAACACCCCUAUCCCUGUGCCUUCCGCCUCCCCCAUGUCCUCCCCUCGGUUGCCUGAACCACAAGCCAGCUGGGAAGCCGCAGUGGAGAGAAGGCUUGGCGCAAACACUGCAGACGAGUUGCUGUUGGAUCCCGCAGAGGGACAGUGCAACCACCAGGGGGCGCCCAGUCCUAACAGGGGGAAGACUCCCAGCCGGUCUCCCAGCUCCCAAAAGAAACAUGGGGAGGCCCGUGCCGGAACAAGACAGCUGCACCAGGAGCAGCAGGGCGAGCGAAGGAGCAGGGAGGAUGCGGGCUGGAGGAAAAGGGAGGCAGAGCGAGACACCCAAACACACAGAGAGGGAGCAGAGAGGAACAGAACCCGGGGGAGGCAAGGGGAAGGCUGGGGAAGGGGGAGUCAGCCGAGAGGAGAAGAGGAGGAGAGCUGGCCUGACCAGAGGAGGUGCACGGGCAGGAAGCAGGACACUCCUGGCGGGAGGGGGCCGAUCACCCCUGGCCCGUGGAAUAUACCAAGCUCUGCCAGAAUCCUGUCCUACUCCGAAGUCAUGCGGGACAGCUGCUGAUGAGCGUUUCUGGAAGCUCGGUGGCACAGGUGGCAGCCCUCUGACGGAAGUUCUGCAGAUACCCCCCCCCCCCCCCCAAGCCCCUGCCUGCGCCCUGCUGGCCGCAGCCUCGUCCACGAGAAACAGGAGACAGACCUUCACAUGGAGCGCUUCUCUGUCAGGGCCUUGUCUUACUGCAUGCAAAAACAAAGGAUGACAAAAAAAAACUGUCAUUUUUUUCAGUCAGCGGAGAUUUGGACUCCUGUCUUCUGUUGUCUUUUUGCGUUAAUGGAAAUUACAACCUUGCAUGUCUCAUCCAAACUCCAGAUUGUUACAUGUAAACAUGUAAAAUGAGGUACCAAACAGGCUAAGAGAUUCUGUGAACAUGUUUAUACAGUUUUGGUCAUAUAAUAUUUAACUUUAUAGCUUUAAUUUAUUAGUUUCAGUAUUUUAUUGGCACACAUUGUGAUCCAGGAAAGUUUAUUUUGACCCUGACUUCAAUACUUAAAAACAUUGAAAUUCCUAACCAGUUUUUUUUACAACUGGACAAAUGUGCCAAUUUAAUGUAUAUAUUUAAAUACAGAUACCAAAACAAUAUUUAAAAUAUUGCUUUUUUGAUAUGUCCAGAUCUUCAAACCUUAAAUUAUUAUUCCCAAAAACAAUUUAAGGAUUUCUAGGACAAUUUCUUCCUUACAUAAAUGCAUCCUGUUUGGUACCUUGUAAAAUAAAAUGUGAAAAUGUGUGUGUACAUAUAUACAUAUAUAUACGACCAGAGACUUGUGCUUAUUGGUUAUCUUCUUUAUGAUAAAUUGUAUCUAAUUUAUUCAAAUGAAAAAAAAAAUGGAGUGAUAUAGAUUUAUGCAUCCAUCUUGAGCCAAUCAGCAUUUUGAUGUGGGCUUCUGGGAUUUGGAGUUUUAUGACCUUACACUGUCCUUUAUCACUGUUUUUUUAUGGAAGGUCAGAGGUCAGUCUUGCACAACGAAUGGCAGUCAGUGGGCUUUCAGACACGACGCUGACACUUUCACUCAUGCACGUAAAAUGUUGAGAGAGAGGGCUACCUCACCGAUGGUGUCCGACACGAGAUCAAGGGCUCUAUAACAGCGUCAGAUUUAAUUCUCCUUCAAACAAAGCAUCAGCACCAAAGUGGCUCUUCAAGGCCCAGCUACUAUAAAUUUAAUUCCCGUUGGUGUUUUAUUCUUUGCUUGGGUUUUCGUUCCACUGAUUGUCCCUGUCUUUGAUGGACAGCUGUAGCAAAAAUGUCUGCAAUGUGUUCAUUGUUUUGCAGAUCUUCUUCCCUCUGACUCAUUCCUGCUUCAGUGAGCUCAGAUUUCGAGUGUAGCUGGAUAGUUUUUGAAAACCUCGGGGGGGACGUGGGUGUGGCUUGUUGACAGAGUGAGUCUCCGUCUUCUUUUUGAGCAGUGAGAGUCCCAUUUAAAUGCUUAAGUCGUUAGCAGGCUCUGACCACAGCUCUGUUGGGUAAUGUCCCCAAAUACAUCGGUGGGUAAUGUAUAUGAAUGCAUGACUUUCAGCCAGGAAAUAUUCUUUUGUUGUUUGAAACAUCUAACUUUGGCACAUGCAUGGAUAUGGAUGUGGAUGUCCUUCUUGAUAAACGUUGUGACUUGGAUAACAGAAAACUGCAUUUAGCCAAUGACAGACUCCUAGACAUGUUUGGAAAGAUCUGUUCGGUUCAAAGCAUUUCUCAAAAUGUGUGUGCUACCCAAAUGGUCUUGUUGAGUUAUAGUUGUGAGAAGAGUUUUUAUUCACGCUGUUGGUAGGCAACUCAUGCACUGACCGUCAACUACUGUAUGCAGUCCCCUUUGCGGUUCUGUAAACUUGUAGAGAUAUUGUGAAAACAUACACAAGCUGGUAUUCAUCAUGGUUAUCGCAUGCAAAAGAAGUAAUAGUGAACUCUCUUAUCUUUUGAUUCCAGACCAAAAACAAGAACUGAUUUAGAUCUUUCUCAUGUCAUAGAGGGGUUUAAAUGUAAAAAAAAUGAAGUUAUUUUUGCAUUGCUUUUGCUAAACUUGCAUAGGUCUUAUUCAGCAUCUCACAAAUGUGCAUCAUUCUAAAACAGUGUUAAUCAACCCGGUCCUCAGGGGACCCACAGCCAGUUCACACAGUUUUUGUCCCUCCCAGCUCCCUGCCGGACAGUCCACAUUUUUCCUCCCUUCCAGCUCCCGGCUAAAACGUGGACAGUCUGGGGGCCUCAAAACGCAGGUUGAGAAACACUGUUCUAAAAAGAAUUUGCCGGAUGAAGAACGGACAAGCAGAACAAGUUGCAGUCAGUGAGCUGUCUGAACAGCCCUGCCGGAAGCACUCCUGCCAUCUCCUGCAUUUAGCUGGCAAGCAGCAGCCAAUCACAUCACAGUUUACUGCAUAGUACUUUGGACAAGUUCAUUUUUGGGGAGUCUCAGUAUAUCAGUAUUUCCCAAUCCAGUCCACAGGGAUCCACAGACAGUCCACGUUUGUGCUUCCUGCCAGCUACCUACCAAGGCAGCAAAACUGUGGACUGUCUGGCAGGGAGCUCGGAGGGAGCAAAAACACGGACUGACUGUGGGUCCCUCAGGACCAGAUUGGGAAACACUGCAGUAUAUCAUUGUCAUCUGCACUAGGGCAUUGUGAGAGACCCCUGAAGGCUACUGACACUGCUUUUUCGGCAUACAGUGUACAAAGUGGCCUGUGCACUUUAGUUAAUCAGAAACUUAGCUUGGUCUCGACAUUAUGUGGUAGCUGUAAAUGUUUAUAUAUUGUACAGCAUCUUUAUAAAUACAUAGAGUUCUCAUUCUGGAAAAACAAAAAAAUCAAGAUCUGUAAAUCUCCCCAUUAUUUUUUUAUGUAACUGUAAAGAUGAUGUGAGGUGGAAAGAGUCAUUGCAUUCUGUUCAUGCAAUAUUAAAGUUCUAACAAGAUAACAUUA